AUGCCACUAUCCGGUCCGGAAACCUUCCAGGACGGUAUCUGGCGAAAAACCCUACUGAGUUCUCCGUGGUUCGACUGCCCAACCUUCGAAAUCCUGUUAUCGAGACCUAUCGGGUCUAAUGAUCUCGACAUGACGCCUUGGGAGCCAGGCACGAGACUUGUCACCAGGGACCCACGUCACCCGGAGCUGUUAAUAUUGUUUUUGGAGAAGUGGUGGUUGGAGGCCGUGAAUUGGCAUAUGAGGAGGUUUGACAAUGGUGACUUGGUUUUACCCCUGACGGCGGGAUAUUAUGAGGAACAGUAUGGGUCCGAGGCCAUGAACUGGCCUACGUUCGGGGAGGAGGCCAAUAUCAAGAAUCAGUUCUGCAGUGGCGAGGAUUACCAACAGGUAGAGACUCGGAUUGAUGAGAGGUUUCCUGAUGACGGUGUGAUCGACGCUGCAAGAACUCUUGUGUGGUUCUCCGUUAUGAACCCGUGA